GAGCAACCCAUAAUGGCGUCGGUCUGGGUUGUCAAACGUUUCAUUUAACCUCUCGAAAAUCUACUUCUCUCAUCGAGUCGAGUUGUCGAAGUUCGAGCGAGCCGCGUCCGGAUUCCGCGGCGUUUUUCCUUGCGGAGCACGUGGGGUUUCGCCAGGUGAAUCGAGUAUUAAACGGACUCGAAAAGAUUGAAUUCCCGUUCGUCGGACCGAGCGCUACCGCGGAGCGAAAGCCGUCGAAGCUGCGUCUCACCGUCAAUUCUAAAAAGAACUUCCUGAAAACCCGUCAAUCACUCCUAAGAAAUGUCUGCCUCGAAAGUCAUCGAAAAUCCGGAGGUGCCGGGUAAAUAAGAGCUUAUUCAACUUAUCGAUCGCCAAUUGACUCGCGUAGUCUGGAUGCCGGAAUGAAGAGUGCCGAGAUAAUGAACUGGGUGUCACGUCUCGAGGGCGUUUUACCUCCGCCGCCACCUCCACCGCCCCCGCCGAUUAUAUCGUCAUCAGGGAGAGCGGAGUUGGUGAAACAACAGCAAAUUCUGGCUGCGAAAGCUUCGUCGGUUUCACCUCGAAUACAAAUGCCGGCGCAGAAUCGCGCUCCACCUCCCCCUACGCCUCCACCGCCGGUUCCUGUUCGAGCUCCGCCUCUUGCACCGGUUCGCGUUCCACCCCCUGCGCAUGUUCCGGUACCUGUUCCGGUUCCAGUUCCGGUACCGGUACCGGUACCAACGCCCCCACCACCUGUAGUACCUGUACAACGUCCACCCUUCCCAAGCCUCACUCCUGCGUCCAGCUUCUUUGUUCCUCCUCUGCAACCCCCUGGCCAACCUACUGCUCCCUGGUGGGUGCCGACGGAAGCAGAUACCUCGGAAGUCUAUCCGCAGUGGUAUGAAUCCACUUUCAACGCCGCUGCGACGAUAACGCAAAAUACCGCAAAAAUCAAAAGCCCAAAGUAUUUUAAGCGCAAGAGCGAGUUCAUUGACCCUGCCCAAGAUGCAGAAAAAGUGGCGAGUGCUCAGAGGGAGCUGUCGGCGCUUAUGAAACCGCUCAACUGCGACCUGUGCAAUGCAGUUAUGAAUUCAACUCUGCAAGCCAAGCUUCAUUAUGAUGGCAAGCCUCAUCAAAAGAAAGUGUCCAUGUUUUUAAACCAGAGCGUUAAGAAAUUGAAGUCAGAGGAUGGACCAGUCACGAGCACGACGAAUAACGACUGGAACUCCUACUGCGAUAUAUGUAAGACUUGGUUUACCUCGCAAACGGACGCGUCGCAACAUUACGCCGGAAAGAAGCACAUGCGAGCUGCAAAUGGAGGCCCUCGUGUCAGACCGUCGAAAAAGGCUCAGAACCAGAAUCAUCAGGCACCUACAGACGCGUCCGGAAGAUUUGGGAUUGGAUCAAGCUUCCAGCCGGAAACGCAAGCUGUGCCGGCAGUGCCCGUUACAACGGACAGUACUGCACCAAUAACGGGGACAGUACCUACCAGCGCUUUUACAGCGGCACCUUUUCCUACACCUUUAAGGUGUGAACUUUGCGGCGUUUCCGCAAACCGCCAGGAUCAGCUUGAAACCCAUAAACGAGGAGCUCGACACCUUCGAAUGCUGAAACUAAACGGCUUACCUCUUCCCGAAACUGGUUCCGAAGUGGAAACUCCGCCAGCAGGACCACCAGGACCGAUUGACUAUUCCAUUUAUAGGACACCAUCGGGUCAGUAUUAUUGUGCACCGUGCAAUUUAUCUGUGAAUUCUGAGAGUAGCUUCGCUCAACACGUGGAGAGCAAGCGGCACAAGAACCAGUUGAACCCAAAAUCGCCAACCUCGGCGGUGGUUAUUUCGAAAAAGGCGAAAUUCAAGAAAAAAUAGAAUUUUGUUUACGGGGCUACGCUCCUCCCGGAACUUCUUGGAGCGUCUCCUUCGACGUUGUUUCCUGCCUUUAUUAAUGUUUUCGUACUAAUAUUUAGCCAGCGAUGUUCUAUGCAACUAUGUUCCGCAAAGGAGUUUGUGGAUAAAAUAAUUGUACAUUUCGAAAGCACAAGACGUCUCUUGCUUGUCUCGUAGCAAAAGGCUUGCUUCCGGCGAGGUAUCUCCUUUUCUUUUUCUCUCUCUGUUUCUCGAAAGUGAAUCUCAAGUCGGGUACCCUGCUUUCGUUCUUAAAUUUACCUCGUACGGAGAACAAAGAGAAAACAUGCGUUCGUGCAAGGUAUACUUUAUCGGUCAGGAACCUGUUAAGUUUUUAAGACCAAGCCGAAACCGGUGUUCCUUGAGCUUGUAUCCGAGAAUACGUGCUAUGUGCAGACAAAUCGUUCAUUUAAUGGAAAGACACUUUUUAUUCAUUAAGAGUCAUUCAUUUUAUUUGAAAAGAGCGGUUUCUUUUCUGAAUACAUUUAUGAGAAGGAUAUCACGAACAUGGUACAGUUCACGUAGAGAGGCACUGUGAUCGGGCAGGUUUCACCAUCAACUUUGUGUCGCCGUAAACUGUGAAAAAUAAUAGUAUCUCUUAACGAGAAGCGAUUCUCAUCCCUUUACAGAUACGUUUCUAUAUAAGUCAUAGCGUUCUACAA